CGCCUCAACCAACAGAUCAGCUCGCCUCUCCUCGCCGGAGCGCCAAGAAACCCCUCGCCUCGCCACCGCGCAGCGCCCACCGCAGCGGCGAGCCGAUGGACCGGUUCCAGGACGGGCACCACGUGUGGCUGCGGAGCCGCGUGCACGGCACGUACCUCAACGCCAACAGCGACGGGAAGAGCGUCUCCCUCCGCGGCCGCCGCGCCUCGCUGAAGGCCGCGUGGACGGUGCACAUCUACCACGGCGAGGGCGACGCCGUGUACCUGCUCCUCCACAGCGCCGCCUACGGCCGCUACCUCGCCGCCACGGCCAGGCGGGCGCCUCUCGGGCUCGGCCACAACGGCUUCCGCGCCGAGCAGCGCGACUACGAUGAGCCGGAGGUGCAGGCCAUCAUGUGGCAGGCCGUCGGGGCGGGCGGCUCCGGCGACGACGUCAUGCUCCGCAACGUUGACGGCCGCUACCUCCGCGCCAACGGCAGGUACCUCCGCUGGAACGCCGGCGUCAGCGUCGAGGACAUGGACCGCGUCAGCACCAUGAUGUACUGGACCGUCGAGCCCAUCCCCGCCAGAGAGUCGGGCAUGCAUGACCUUCCUGUCAUGCCGAACCCCUUCCUCUACGUCCUCCUCAGCCAGGGGAUCUCCAGGCGGCAGAUCGUGUUCGUGCGAGCGGACGCCGAGGGGUUGUACGACGAGCACGGCUGGCACAUGUUCCGUUUCUUGGGGAGGUCCGUGAACUACCUGAGGAGCGAGCUGGUUGGCCGCAUCGCCUUCAUCGACGGCCAGGACCCCGGCGGCAUCGCCAUGUGCGUCCGGGCGGGCCGCUACGGGCGGCUGACUCCACUCGUCGUCGACCUGCCCCGCUAUGCUGGCCACGACGAGGCCCACCGGAUUGUCGUGAUGAUGGCCGGAACCCCUGCGUAUGAUGAGCUGCGAUACCCUGAUGUGAACGCAAUAUAGAGAGAGCUCAGAGCGGGAGGACCGACAGUUCAACUUUUCAUAAGUUGCGCCACCUCGGAUACGAUGACAGCAGAACUGGACACCUGUUUUUGCCUAUAGACACAUAGAUAUAGGUUCAGAAAACUCAGUAGCUCUCAUGUUUCUUCGGCUACCUAAACUUGGUGAAAAUGUUGCGUCCAAUGGCUGAAAAACACUGUAGUGAUGCUGGUUGUAGUAGUCGUUUUAGCGCCGCUCUUCUGACAUUCAUCUCUCUGACGUGAUUGCCCCAACUUCAGAGCAUUUCACUGUAGUUUUUUUUCAAUGAGUUCAUGAUCCUGCAGUUUUUUUUC